AUGCAGGCUCAAAACUCCCACAAUAACUCGGGGGGGGGGGGAGGAAACAGAGAUCUUCAGGGAGUGGCGAACCCUUCGGGGGGGCCCCCGCACCUCAUGUUCCCCCACCCCCCCCUCAUGAUGCCCCCGGGCAUUCCGCUCCCCAUGGGGCCCCCCUUCCCUGGGGGAGUGCCCCCUGCCUUGCUGCCGGGGGCCCUCGCGCUGCACCACGCUGCAGUGGCAGGUGCUGCUGCUGGCGCUGCAGCAGCAGCAGAGGAAGCUCGCAGAGCUCAAGAGCAGUCCGUAGCAGGUUCUUCUUCCCACGAGGUCUCGGGGUCUGUGGGGGGCUCGGGGGGCUCCUUCGGGGGCCCCCAGGGCGGGGGGGCCCCCGGGGGCCCCGGGGCCCCCGGGGGCCCCCAGGGGCCCCAGCGCGGCGGCCGCUCCCAGGGGGGCCCCCGCGGCUCCGCCAGCAAACGGCAAACGAUGGAACGCUCAAGUACCUCCUGGAGGCGCCAGGCCAAAGAGGAGGGGCCCCCAGAGGGGGGCCCCCAGUCGAAGUCGCGGGCGGAGUGGGGGGCCCCCCCGGGGGGCCCCC